ACGAAAAACCUACGGGUUGCUGCGUUCGGGUUGCGUCUUCGAAUGCAGUGACGGAAGCUCUAAAAAUAGCUGGCCAGCGAUUACUGUUCUUCCAAGAGUUCUUUGUCCGCCAACUUUCCUUACUUGACCGUCAGAGAGAGGGAGAGAGAAAUAGAGAGACGGGUCGAGAAACGUUAAGCUCGACGACGCAAAGGACGCGAGAAGGAGCAAUUACGCCGAAUAAGAGCUUAUUCCGAAGAUUCGUCGAGAAAAUAACCAUGCGACGCGAGAACCAAAUCGAAAAUAAGGCUGCGUUCAAUAAUGAUUCGAAAACGUUGAAAAACGUUGAGAAGAAGGUAUUUGACAAGAAGAAGCAUAGAUUAAAGAAGUAUAGCAAUAAAUAUAAGGUCGAACAACGGCAAGAGCGAAUGAAACUAGCGGUUUUGCGUGAUUAUUAUGAAGAAUUUCUCAAGGAUCAACAUGGCCGGCGAAAGGGAACCGAAACGAAAGUCGAAACAUUGUCGGGACACGAUACGAGCAAGCCAAAGAAAAGUCCGAAUUACUUCGACGUAAUAAGAAAGGAGUACGAGCGAAAGAAGGAAGAUAAGAAAAGGAAGAAAGAAGAAAAGCUUAGGAUAAUAGCGGAAAGGGAGGAAGCUUUACGAAAGUACAAAGAGAAAAAAAUGCAGGCUUAUAAAAAACUGUCGAAGAAGACUAAAAAGGGUCAGCCUGUUAUUAAGGAGAGAAUAGAACUUUUGUUGCAAAAGAUACAACAGGAUAAAGCCAAUUGAAUGGGGAUAUCUUUGGAAUUAAACGUAAACGAGUCUUAUGUACGAGUUUAUCUCCUAGUUUGAAUCGACUCGUUCAUAGAAAAUUUAAUUUCAUCGUUACUUUUUAAAAUCUGUACAAAAUAAAUAAAUAAAUAAAUAAAUAAAUAAAACGA